CGUAAACUGACCCAGCGACCGGCGGUCUCUUCACCGAUACCCUCCCCUACCGUUGAACCGGUAACCAUGGAGGAAAUCACCUCUCACGACACACUUGCUGAAGGCAUGGGACAGGGACAUGAAGGUGAUGGUGGACACCACUCUGGUAACCUGCAACAAAAAUCCAAAAACCUCACAUGGGCUGACCUUCUCAAAAAUGACAGGGGUACACAUGGGCUGACAAUUGGCAAUAAAGAGUCGGCAGCCCCAUCUUUACCCGUCACACCCCCCCAAAAAAAAACCCCUAGCAGAUAGCAUCUUAUUAAUCCAAGACAACUACCCUCCGAGACGAGUUGAGAAAACACUCCUGCUUCUCUCUAGGAAAGUUUCGCACCCUCAAAAGUUCGAACUUCCUUAGAUAGCUCGUCACUCCCGAUUGCUCUCCCAGACAUUCCAACGAAUUAAUCCCUGUAUAACCGUGUUCCUCUUGCUCGUAAAUCAUUUGUCUUGCAUAUCUACCGAUUGGAUUUGUAAGAAAGUGAUUGCUGAGAGAGAAUCGACCCAUUUUGGAAACCCCAGUUUCGCAGAUUGUACUGUUCAUCCCCGAUUUAGAAACUCCACUUAGAUCCCAUUGUAGACGGUUGUUUGUGGAAGAAGACGGUUCCCUGGGGGUCGCCGACCUCUGGCGAACCUCUAGCAACUGGUUUCAGGCCACCACAACGCCGCCGUACUGAAGAAAGAAAGGAUCCGUUGCGGACGGCUACUGUUCACCACAGAGCGUUGACCUCAAAUUUCUCUAAAGCCUAUCGUCCAAAUUGAAUUCUAAAGACGGUUUUGGAAGCAUCUAACCUAGGCGAAGCCAGUAGUACCGGUUUUAUCAGGUGGAAGUAAGAUUUCUAUUUCUCCCCAAAUUCUUGGGUACUGUAGCACUACGCAGGUUACUUCCUUACUUGAUUUUUUUCUGAACUCACUGCAUAUUGUGUUUAGUUUGUUGUUUGUUCCUCUGCUUCGUUAUCACUUGGCGAGUAAUUUGGAAUUUUUUCAGAUUUUUCUGGGAAGUUCGAAUUUACUUGAGUACUGUUCAUCUUCCCUUUCCUAUCUCACUGCCUGCUACAGUAAUUCCUGCGAACCUUUGACUAGUUAGGAAUUUUUUCUGGAUUCAAUACUUGUCCACUGGGGUAAAGGUUUAUACUGGUGUGUUCCUAACUUCAAGGGGGUUGUGUGAAAGUAUUUUCAAAUUUUUUGGAAAUAGUUUGGGUUGGUGAACACUGCCUUGAAUACUACUGCUUGCUUUUUCUGUAUGUUUGUGUUUUUCUUACUAACUUUUCAGGCACACUUAAGCUCUGUACUGGGGUUAGGUUAUGCAAACCUAUCCGAUGACAAAGAAAAACAAGAAGAAUCGUACUCCUCCUCCGAAGGAUAAUUCUUUUGACGCAAAGAUCAAGAUGCUUAAUGACAAGAAGAAGGAGCUCGAAGACAAAAAGAAAAGUGGAGAUCAAGUUCUUGCUCCUUAUAUUCCCAAAAUUGCUCCAAGUCUUACUAUUAAUCCUACACAUUCAACUGUGGAAUCUUCGAAAGAAAUUACUUUUGAGAAGCAAUCUGCUUCAUCAACUGGAGUCUCUCCAAUUACGAAUGCAAAUCACAAGAAAGAUGACUUGAUAGAGGACGAGUCCGAGACCCUUGGAUCCAUCGAUACUUACUCAGAAGCUAGCCUCGAUGCCACAUCCAAGGAUGAGAAAAAUGAAAAAAAGGGGUGGGCCAAUUUAUUUCAAAACAAUCGUUCUCUAUCCCAUGGCAUGAAGCUUGAAUUUAUCCCACCUAAGGGAGAUAUUGUGGAUUUCUCAAACCGAAAGGUGCCCUCCAUUAUUGAUAUAUGGGGAUAUUGCUUGGUGGGGAUCUUCACCGGGAGAUUUCCCGGUAUCAAAGCGGUGCUUGAUCUUGUUAAUACAUGGGGUGUUCAAUGCAAACUGAAAAAACAUGAUAAAGGAUGGACCAUAUUCCAAUUCAAAAAUGAAGAGGACCGUACCAAGGUCAUAUCCGGAGGGCCAUAUUCAUCCUAUGGUAAGGCCUUAUUUCUAAAGGUCUUAUCCGACGACUUUGAAGUUGAUGAUGAGGAAUUUCUUAAAGUCCCUAUUUGGAUCAAGCUACCCGGUCUCUCGGUCACACUAUGGAACAAAGAAGAGAUUAGUGAACUUACUUCACGGGUGGGGGUGCCUAUUGUUGCGGAUCAAGUCACUCUUACUAAAAUGAGACCUAAUUUUGCUAGAGUGCUUGUGGAGGUGGACUUAUCUAGACCGCCGAUCCUUGAAAUCCCUAUGAUUCAACCAUCCGGGAAGAAGAGAAUACAAUAUGUGUAUUAUGAAACAUAUCCUAAUUAUUGCUAUGAAUGCAAAAAAUAUGGGCAUGAUCCUUUCAAGUGUAUGAUAUUGCAUCCGGAACUUAGUGAAAAAGUGCAAGAAGAGGCGACUACUACCAAAAGCAUUACAUUGAAGCAAAUUCAGCCUAAUGUGGUUACUAAUGGUCAAACCGAGGAGACCUCUUUCCAAUUGGUGGUACCAAGGAAGAAUAAAAACCAAUCCUCAACAAAAAAGAACCCGAAUGCCACCAAAGUGGCCCCUAAGGUGGCUGGUUCUACAGUUCCCAGUGGGCCGAAUUUAAAUCUUGGAAAGAAAUUUGUUUGGAGAGGAAGAAAGAUCAAAAGUGUGCACCAAUUGCUCUCGGAUGACAUUAUAGUUGAUUUUGAUACCGAGGAGGAUGGUGCGACGGUUGUUUUUGUUAAAAAACAACAACAAAUCAAAGGGCAAACCCCGGUGGCAAGACUUGACAUUCAUACGCUUAAGGAAGCUCAAAAGGAUUCACCGGCAAUCUCUAUCACGGACCCUUGCUUGGUGGGCCUCCCGGGUGUAAAGCGUGCCAAAAAAUGGUAUAAUUUUAAUAAAGAAAUUUUUAUUCCUAACAUUGCAUCUUUCUUUGAUCUUGAAGCUAGGCAUAAUGUUGAGUUCGCACGUGCAAGAGAACAAGCAAUGGAAGUUGAGGAAAGGAUUAAAGUGGAAAGGCGUUCCAAGGCCAAAGCCGCGGCUCAAUUGCAUGACCCGAUAUAUGUGAGGAAGAAACCAUACAAGGAUUGGGGGGGAACGUCUAGUCAAUAAUGUUUAUGAACUAGAUGAGGAAGAUGUGAUUACGUGCAUGGAGUUUGAUACGGAUGGGCAUAGAAUUGUAUAUGCAGGGAAGAGGGAACUUCUCCCUUUUAGUAUGCCUAUAUAUCGAGUGGGUCCUGACUUCAAAAGGGCAAAUUUUGAGGAUCCCGGCAUGAGCUUCACUCUUGAGUGCAUCCGCGAACUGCCUGGAGUCAGCCGCGAGGGAGCAUGGUUUAAUUUUGACACUUCUGCAGAAUUGGAAUGUGGACAUUAAUGGCUCGGCCCAAUUUCAAAUUGCUAGGAAACUUAAGUUGCUAAAACAGCCCCUUAAGAAUCUUAAUAAUUUGGAAUUUGGUCACAUAUCUACGAAAGCUAAACAUGCGAAAGAGGAAUUCAAAAUGUUGCAUAGAUUAUGGCUAAACUCACCCAAUGAUGCCGAACUGGAAGACCAAGUCAAAGGGGCGAGGAAGAGAGCUACUUUUCUUUGUGAGGCCGAAUGUUGUUUCUUCCAACAACGAGCUAAGGCCACGCAUAUUCUUGAGGCAGAUAAGGGUACAAGAUACUUCCACGCAAUCGUCAACAGAAACAAGGCCAGAAAUACCAUUACCUCCAUUACUUUGGAUGAUGGUAGUCUUACCUCUUCUAUUGAUCAUGUUGGGAACGAAUUUGUAAAAUUUUUUGUUGAUCUUUUUGGAACCGAGAUGGAAACCUUUUCCUUUGACCAUACGGUACUAGGAACCGGCCCGUUGAUUGAACCAAGUGUUCAUGAAUGCCUAUUAUCCCCAAUAACGAACAAAGAAAUUAAAGAUGCUUUGUUUGAUAUUGGAGAUAACAAGGCACCAGGGCCGGAUGGUUAUUCCUCGGCGUUUUUUAAAAAGAAUUGGAAUAUUGUGGGGGGGGGAUGUGACUCGGGCGACCAAAGAGUUUUUUAACUCGGGAAAGAUGCUUAAACAGUUGAAUCAUACUGUCAUAGCUCUAAUUCCUAAAACUAGUCACUCCCCUAAGGUCUCUGACUACAGACCUAUAUCCUGUACGAAUGUGCUUUACAAAAUUAUCACGAAGAUUAUUGCGGCAAGAAUUAUCCCUACCCUCUCGGGUUUGAUUAAUAAAGCGCAAGGUGCGUUUGUCGACGGCCGCCUAAUGUUUGAUAACAUUUUCCUAGCCCAGGAACUUGUUAGAGGAUACAAUAGGAAGCGAAUUUCACCUCGUUGCAUGAUCAAGGUGGAUUUGCGGAAGGCCUAUGACACCAUCUCUUGGGAUUUCCUUGCCAAUGUCCUUACGGGUUUGGGCUACCCCGGAAUUUUUGUGGGAUGGAUUAUGGAGUGUGUCACUACGGCCUCCUUUUCUGUGUCGUUAAAUGGGUCUUUGCAUGGUUUUUUUAAGGGGAAGCGUGGCAUUAGGCAAGGGGAUCCAAUGUCCCCUUUGCUUUUCGUGUUAUGCCUUGAGUAUUUUUCUCGUCUUCUUGCCAUAAAAACUAAGACGUCGGGAUUUAAUUACCACCCGCUUUGUGGAUCCUUGGGUAUAACCCAUUUGGCCUAUGCGGAUGAUCUUAUGCUCUUUUCUAGAGGAGACAAAUAUUCCAUUGGGAUAUUAGUUGAUGCCCUAAAAGAGUUUGGGGACGUAUCGGGCCUAAGGGUUAAUCAUAACAAGUCAAACAUUUUCAUUGGAGGAGUUCAUAGUUUUGAUGUGCAAGGUAUAUUAGAUCUUGUUGACUUUGACCAGGGUAUUUUCCCUGUGAGAUACCUUGGGGUCCCACUUGCGCCCCUCAAAAUCUCGGUGGCACAGUAUGCCCCACUCUUGGAUACGGUUAAUGAUUUUUUGAAUGCAUGGAAUACCAAGACAAUUUCCUAUGCGGGUAAACUUGAGCUAAUUCGUUCUGUAAUUCAAGGAGUUCAGUCGUUUUGGCUUCAAGUGUUCCCGGUACCUCAAACAAUCUUAAAUAGGAUUGUCUCGAUUUGUCGUAUUUUCCUAUGGGGUGGUAAAUUUGCAAAGGUGGCUUGGGAUGACAUUUGCCUCCCUAGAGAGGAAGGGGGCUUGGGUGUCCAUAAUGCUAAGAUAUGGAACCAUGCUCUCCUAUCUAGAACCCUUUGGGAUGUCCACCAAAAAAAGGACACGCUCUGGGUACGUUGGGUGAAUGGAGUCUAUCUCAAAGGUAGAAAUGUGUGGGACUUUGUCCCACACACUCGGGACUCCCAACUAAUGAAGCGAUUAAGUCUUAUACGGAAUAAAAUAUGUGAAUGUUUUAAUAAUCGAAACGAUAUGUUGCUCGGCCUUAAUGCACGAUCCAUGCAUGGAAAAUUAGCCUCCGCAAAAAUUUAUGAUUUACUAAGAGUAAGGGGUAAUGUUAGAACUCCUAUGUGUUUCAUAUGGAAGUCUUACAUUCCUCCCAAACUAUCUUUUAAUGUAUGGAUGGCAUUAAGGAACCGGCUUCCUACACAGGAUAGCCUUGGGUAUUUGCACAUUGUGAAUAGGUGUGACCUUUGCAAGGGUGGUUUGGAAACAAUACCACACCUUUUUUUCCUUUGCCCCUUCACAUGUAGGGUGUGGCAGCGCAUAAGAGAUUGGAUGGGAUUGCGGCAUGAGAUGACUACGCUGCUAAGCGCUAUCAAAUGGAUCACAAAGACUCACAAAGGCUCGAGGAUGAAGGCAAAGGCAGUCCGCCUAGCUUUCUGCGCCUCGGUCUACUACAUUUGGAAUGCUAGGAACUCCUGUAGAUUUGAUGGAAGCAUAAAAAUGGAAGAAGAGGUCAUUGCAAAGAUAAAACAUGUGGUAUACAAAAUAAUGUAUUCUAUAUAUCCACAUGAUCUUAUCAAAUUUUGAAGGAAGACACGGCCAGGAGGCAAAGCUAUAAGCAGAGUUCGUGACAAGUAUAUUUUGAUGAAGUGAGCAUGGACAUGAAUUAUGCCGCGGCAUUAAUAGCACCUUUGGGCAGGAAUUAGGCUGCGGCAUUUAUAGAACCUCUGGGAACUAAUUAUGCUGCGGCCUCAACUGAACUUCUGAUUUUUGGGGAUGUUUGCCUAUUGCAACAUCUUGUAUGCAUCUGUUUUAUUAGCCUUUGAUCCGUGAGCGUGCUUCUGCAGCUCUGAUGUAGUUUUGUACUUUUUGAUUGACCAAGUACUAUACUUGGUUUUUUGGACAAGGAUUAGAUCAAAUAAAAACCUCCUUUCACCCCCACUUUAUGUGGGGGUGGGGGAGGUUUUAGGAGAUCUAGGACAUGUGUUGUAUAGUUCCGUUUGGGGUGUUAAUAUAUAUUUACAUUUCAUCCAAAAAAAAAAAAAAAAAAAAAAAAAAAAAAAAAAAGACAACUACCCUCCUUCACCUUCUAGUAAUACACAGCUUGUGACUACAACUCCUUCCAACCAGGAUUCAGAAAAAUUCUCUUUUUUUGGAGAAAUUGGAUUUGACUCUAUCCAAAUUGAUUCGAGAAUUUUCAAAUUCGCAGUAAAAGAAAAUGAAAUUUUCAUUCUCCAAUUUCAAAAAUCUAGAUUGCACAAAAUAUCUUUUAAUUCCCAAUUUGCUCCCCAAAUUGUUCGUUUUAUCUCACAACUCACAGGGGCCGAUCAUUGUAAUGAUAGACAGAGGCGUAGAUUUGGAAUUAUCACAAUUGCAACUGAACUCAACAAAUCUGGCAGAUUCUUGAAAAUUGCCAAGAAAAGUGGAGGCUUCAUCCUAAUUCCCAUGGGCCCACAUAACAAUGAGUUACAUGACUUUCUGGCCAUUUUUUCAAAUUUUGUGGGACUAACUAGUUUAGUGCAGGAGGAACCAACUCAAUUGGAGCACGAGACAAUAGCAGACACAGAGGAAAGCACAUCCAUUUCUAAACUCAUAUUUAAUUUUGAAGUUCAGAGAGCAUAUGCCGAGAAACAUCAGCCUCCUACAGAGAAACAGUCGAAGUUAGCUCUUGUACAGGCGUACUCAGAUGCUUCCGAUAGUUUUGACCCAUCAGAUGAUUCACACUUCUCAGACGAUUUCCUGGGACACGCAACGGAAUGCGACCGUCGACCACCCAUUUCGGGACGGGAAGAUAUUAGGGAUUCUGAAUUCAACAGUGCGAUUUGCUAUAAAUCCCAGUUCAUUACUUUGGAUAACUGCAUC